GCUCUUCCACAAGUCCUUCAAAAUGAUGGGAGCCAUCACAUUGACAUAGCAGUCAGCACAGUCACAUUUGAAGUAGAGAGAGAUGUGAUUGAGGAGCAGCUAGACCAGUGGUUGCAGGAUCUCUUGUGGGAGAAGACUCUUUGCAACUCGGAUGGUGACCCAAUGAACAUAAUGAGAAUGAAGGGAGUUCUAUCAGUGGUGGGUGAGAGCAGGAGAGUGAUAGUGCAGGGAGUGUACGAGCUGUUUGAGAAAGAAAGAUCUACAGAGUGGCACGACCAGCCCAGGCUAAACAGACUGGUCUUCAUCGGUUACAAUUUAGAUCGGGAAAUUUUACUGCAAUCAUUCAAGAAAUUCUGUUUAUAACAAUACCUACUCUUUAUGCUGCAUCUCACAGUUGAUCAUAUGUUCUGUCCCAGUAUAAUGACAAUCUGUUAGGAAGUGAGGGGAGAUUUUACCAGAAUUUGCCUGUCUUGUUGUUUCUCGAUCUCUUCCAAUUUCUGCCCGGAUUACCAGGGGCAAAUGGGAGCUUUCUCUUCUUUGCCUGCGAGCUGGCGUGACAACUGGCGUGUAGCUGAGCUGGGGGAGACGUGGAGGUAGUUGAGGAGUGAGAGGGGGUUGAGAGGGUGGGACAGACUGUUGACUCGGUUGAAGAAACGUAGCCAGUCUUGAUUUUGAGAACUGCAAUAACGAGGUUGAUGUGACCAUAUGCAAUGUCGUCCGGGAGUUGGUCUUUGAUCAGUCUCAGAGAGGCUACGUCUGGGAAUAUUGGCUCUCUUCUGAUGGCGAUUGUGAUGGUAUCUUCCAACUCUGCUGUCAAACCGGCUUCAGGCAAACACACACACACACACAAUAUAAUCAAGAACUAGAACUAGUAGAAAGGGAGCCCUUCUCUCUACCUCUGCGAUAGUCGACAAAGUAUCCCAUUUCCAGCGCCUUUGCCAGGUGGCCCAGUACAGUAGAUCCAGUGAGAGAUCUCCGUUUCAUUAUCUCCUCCUUCACCCACACAACAACAACAACAACAACAAAAACACCAUUCACCUGAGCC